GAGCGUUGAUGUUGCCACAAGAGACCUUCAUAAGAAUUGCUGCUUGCAGACGAGCUCUCAGUUUAGAAACAAACGCGGAAUCGUGAGGUUUAAAAAAAUCAUCGCUCUGACUGAACACCUCUUUACAGGAUUGCUCUUUCUGCAAGAAGACAAGUUCAAACUUUUAAAUAUUACAUGUGCUAACUAUGAUGUUGAAUAUAAUUAUUCCAGCGUUUGUAGUAUGUUGUUUACUAUUUCCUUCUCUAUCUUUUCCUGUAAACGAUGAAGAAGAAGCAGCAUUAUAUUUACAAAAAUUUGGUUACCUUGAAGAUUCUACAGGCUAUAGAGUCGGAGCAAUUUUAGGGCCAGAUGCAAUAUCAAACGCAAUUAAAGAUUUUCAAAGAUUCGCUGGUCUCAAUCAGACUGGUGAAUUGGACAAUGACACAAUUACCAUGAUGAAUACCCCACGUUGUGGUGUAAAAGACAAAAUAGGGCAUUCGGAUGCAGCCAGAAAGAAAAGGUAUGCACUACAAGGAAGCAAAUGGAGAGUUACCCAUUUAACAUAUCGAAUUACAAAAUACCCUACAAGGCUGAAGGAUAGGACAAAGGUAGAUAAAGAAGUAGCUCGUGCUUUCAAGAUUUGGAGUGAUGUAACGACGCUGUCAUUCGAAGAACGUAAAAGAGGAAGAGUCAACAUUGAUAUUCGCUUUGAAAGAGGAGAACAUGGAGACGGGGACGCUUUUGAUGGUCCGGGAAAAACAUUAGCUCAUGCCUUUUUCCCACAGUUUGGUGGCGAUGCCCAUUUUGAUGACGAAGAAAAAUGGACUAUUGAUGAAAGGUCAGGAACGAAUAUGUUUCAAGUCGCUGCUCAUGAAUUUGGCCAUUCGCUGGGUCUUUCGCAUUCCGAUGAAAAAAGGGCUCUCAUGGCUCCUUAUUAUAGGGGAUAUCAACCCUCAUUUAAAUUAGAUGUUGACGACGUCAAAGCAAUUCAAGCUCUUUAUGGUUCCAGAGACCAGCCAUCGCCACCAGAAGAUGAUGAGCCAUCUGGUCCACCGCCAGAUACAAGUGACGCACCAGAUCUAUGCCAAGAUGCAUCAAUAGAUACAGUCACUAGAACACAGAAUGGUAGUAGCUAUGUAUUUAAAGGUGAAUUUUAUUGGAAAAUUCUCAAGGAUGGCAUUGCCGAUGGAUAUCCUAGAAAAAUCUCUGAAGACUGGGAUGGAUUAGAAGGAAAUUUAGACGCAUCCUUUACUUGGUCAAAUGGGAAAACUUACUUUUUCAAGGGAGGAAGAUAUUGGCGUUUUACUAAUAAAGAUAUGGAUAGUGGUUAUCCUAAACUAUUAAGAAACGGUUUUGACGGCGUACCAGACAUGUUGGACGCAGCUUUUGUAUGGAGUGGUAAUGGUAAAACUUACUUUUUUAAAGGAGAUGAAUAUUGGCGUUAUGACAGUAAUAAUGACCCACCAGUAAGUGAGAGAUACCCAAAACCAAUCAGUAACUGGCGUGGCUUGCCAAAUAAUCUGGAUGCAGCAUUUCAGUGGGAAAACAGCAGAACAUAUUUUUUCAAGGGUGAUAAAUACUACAGAUUUAAUGAUAUAAGUUUUGAGGUGGAUUCCGGUGAUCCUCCAUAUCCGAGAUCAACUUCUGUAUGGUGGUUUGACUGUCAAUCUAUUUCACACAGGACAAAUGCAACUGAAUCUACAACAACUGACGAAGAACUCGAAAUAAGAGGAACGAAUAUGGUUCAAGACGCUCCUCAUGAAACUAGCCAUUCACUGGGUCUUUCGCAUGUAGUUGAAAAAAGGGCUCUCAUGACUACUUAUAACGACUACUUAUUAGAUCUCUACGACCUCAAAUCAUUUCAACCUCAUUAUGGUUUCAGAAACCAACAAUCGCCACCAGAAGAUGAUGAGCCAUCUGAUCCACCGCCAGAAACAAGUGACGCUCCAGAUCUAUGCCAAGAUGCAUCAAUAGAUGCUGUCACUAGAACACAAGAUGGUAGUAGCUACGUAUUUAAAGGUGAAUUUUACUGGAAAAUUCUCGAUAAUGCCAUCGUCGACGGAUAUCCAAGAAAAAUAUCUGAAGACUGGGAUGGAUUAGAAGGAGAUUUAGAUGCAGCCUUUACGUGGUCAAAUGGGAAAACUUAUUUUUCAAAGGGAGAAAGGUUUUGGCGUUUUACAAAUAAAGAUAUGGAUAGUGGCUAUCCUAAACUAUUAGGAGAUGGAUUUGAAGACAUACCAGACAUGUUGGAUGCAGCUUUUGUAUGGAGUGGUAAUGGUAAAACUUACUUUUUUAAAGGAGAUCAAUAUUGGCGUUAUGACAGUAACGAUGACCCACCAGUAAGUAACAUAUUUCCACAACCAAUCAGUAACUGGCGUGGCUUGCCUAAUAAUCUGGAUGCAGCAUUUCAGUGGGAAAACAAUGUCACAUAUUUUUUCAAGGAGGAUAAGUACUACAAAUUUAAUGAUAUAACUUCCGAGGUGGAUGAUCUUGAUCCUCCAUACCCAAGACCAACUUCUACAUGGUGGUUUGGCUGUCAGUCUCCUUCACAGUCGACAAAUGCAGCUCAGGCUACAACAACUGUCCAAGAAUUCGAAAUAAUAGGUUCCAGUGGCCAGCCAUCGCCACCAAAAGCUGAUGAGUCCUCUAGUCCACAGCCAGAUACAAGUGCCGCACCAGAUCUAUGCCAAGAUGCAUCAAUAGAUACAGUCACUAGAACACAGGAUGGUAGUAGCUACGUAUUUAAAGGUGAGUUUUACUGGAAAAUUUUCGAUAAUGCCAUUGCCGAUGGGUAUCCAAGAAAAAUAUCUGAAGACUGGGAUGGAUUAGAAGGAAAUUUAGACGCAUCCUUCACAGGAUCAGAUGGGAAAACUAAUUUUUUCAAGGGAGGAAGAUAUUGGCGUUUUACUAAUAAAGAUAUGGAUAAUGGCUAUCCUAAACAAUUAAAAGACGGUUUUAAUGGUAUACCAGACAAGCUGGACGCAGCUGUUCUGUGGAGUGGUAAUGGUAAACCUUACUUUUUUAAAGGAAAUCAAUAUUGGCGUUAUGACAGUAACGAUGACCCACCAGUAAGUAACAAAUUUCCACAACCAAUCAGUAACUGGCGUGGUUUGCCUAAUAAUCUGGAUGCAGCAUUUCAGUGGGAGAACAAUGUCACAUAUUUCUUCAAGGAGGAUAAAUACUACAAAUUUAAUGAUAUAACUUCUGAGGUGGACUUUGGUGAUCCUCCAUACCCGAGAUCAACUUCUGUAUGGUGGUUUGGUUGUUAGUUUAUUUCACACAGGACAAAUGCAACUCCUGCUAUAACAACUGUUGAAGAACUCGAAAUACGAGGUAAUAAUGCAGUGAUAAGAACUAACAAUGAUGCAAGAACUGUUUAACAGGAACCAAAGCAUAUCAUAUGUGCUAUAUUCACUGAUACAGGUGACUAGUCAGGACUUGCAGAUACAAGGAAAUUUGAAAAAUUCCAUUAUAACAUGUUUGGGGGAGACAUUUUUGUCACAAAAAUUUGUGCUGUUUUUUAAAUAGUGUUUUAUGUUAAAAUAUUAAUUCAUUACACUAGAUGAUAAUUAUUCAAUCUGAUUCCGAAUUCAAAAUUUCCCUCCACCUAAAAAAUAAAUUAAUAAAUAAAGCAAAACAGCAGAUCAUUAUUUUAAAAGGUCUCUGUGCUUAUUUUAUCCUCACA